AUGGCCCCCAACUCCGUGCUCCCCGUCGCCCUCCAGAACAAAUUGAGGUCCGCCCGCAAAUCCUCCUCAGGCAUCGUCUCUUCAUCAAGUUUUAACCUGGUUCGCAAUGUCGUUUUCUUGGUUUUCCUCCUCCGCAUUGUCCGAAAAACUUUCUACACCCUCCGCGGCCAUGGUAUUCUAGGCUCCGUCUUCAAUGCCGGCGCCUACGUACGCCUGGUGCUCUAUUCUUUAUUCCUCCGCACCCCUGGUGUCCGCGGUAAGGUUGAUAAACAAAUCGCUGCCGCUAUUUCUAAAAUGGAAGCCAAGAUCGCCCCCGAAACUCCGGGUAUCCCCAAGAACACUAGCCUGCCGAAACUGGGUUGGAGCCAUGACCGUAUAUGCGAAGAGUUGGAUAAACUGGCUAGCAUGGACCAUACCGAAUGGGAAGAAGGGAGAGUCAGUGGUGCUGUCUACCAUGGCGGUGAUGAACUGGUCAGUUUGCAGACUGCCGCUUUCGGCCAGUUUGCAGUUGCUAAUCCUAUUCACCCUGAUGUGUUUCCCGGUGUAAGGAAAAUGGAGGCGGAGAUUGUGGCGAUGGUGCUUGCGCUUUUCAAUGCUCCGGAAUGUGGUGCUGGUGUAACUACCAGCGGUGGCACGGAGUCCAUUCUCAUGGCUUGUUUGUCUGCCAGACAGAAAGCAUACGUUGAACGAAGAGUAACUGAGCCAGAAAUGAUCAUCCCUGACACCGCCCACGCCGCCUUCAACAAAGCCUGCCAUUACUUCGGCAUAAAACUUCACAGCGUCCACUGCCCUCCCCCAGACUACAAAGUUCACAUCCCCUCCGUCCUCCGCCUCAUCAACCCAAACACAAUCUUGCUCGUUGGCUCCGCCCCAAACUUCCCCCACGGCAUCGUAGACGACAUCCCCGCCCUCUCCCGCCUGGCCCUCAAUUCCAAAAUCCCUCUCCACGUCGACUGCUGCCUAGGCUCCUUCGUCAUUUCCUUCCUCAAACGCGCCGGCUACCCAUCCCCCUACGAGGAAGAGGGUGGCUUCGACUUCCGCCAACCCGGCGUCACCAGUAUCAGCGUCGACACGCACAAAUACGGCUUUGCGCCCAAGGGUAACUCCGUCAUCCUCUACCGCAACCGCAAGCUGCGCAGCUACCAAUAUUUCAUACACCCCGACUGGUCUGGUGGCGCUGCUGGACAAGUCUCAUGGCAAUGGGCGAAUCGGGAUAUGUCAACAGCUGCCCACCAGAUCAUCUCCGCCACGCGCACUUUCGAGCAAGCCAUUCGCGAACACCCUGUGCUCUCCUCUUCGCUCAAAAUCAUCGGACAACCCUUAGUCAGCGUCGUAGCGUGGGAGUCAAAAACGCCCGAUAUAAACAUCUAUGAUAUUGCGGAUGCGCUUGCGGAUAAAGGGUGGCAUUUGAAUGCACUGCAGUCGCCACCGGGUAUGCAUGUGGCAUUCACGGUGCCCACUGCUACGGCUGUGGAGAGGCUUGUGGCGGAUCUUGUAGCUGUGGUUGAGCGGGAGAAAGAGAAGGUGGCGGAGCGGAAGAGGUUGGGGCAGAAGGUUGAAAAUUACAGGGGGGAUACGUCGGCGUUGUAUGGGGUUGCGGGGAGUAUUCCGGAUAAGAGUAUAGUUAAUAGGUUUGCGGAAGGGUUUUUGGAUACGUUGUAUCUUGCUUGA